AUGGAUCUGGAGGCUGCCAAGGUUGCUUGGGUUGGAAGGAGAGUUCUUGUUACUGCUGCUUCUGGUAGUGUGGGUAUUUGGCUUUGUGCAGUUGGUUACUCUACUUGGUGCGGAGGUAGUUGGGACGUGUGGUGCUCGGACUGUGGAGCUUGUCAGAUCGCUUGGUGCGAAGGAGGGGCUUAA